GAUCGAAAAGUGAGUAAAAGGGAAUGUGCGGGCAGAGUGGGAAGCGAGAAGCCCUUAGCGUCUUGGCACGGUCGGCUGGCGCUAAACCGCAGAGCCGCGUCUAAGUCACGACACCCGCAGAGCUUCAGGAAGUUUGAGCGGGUGAGCUCGUGCCAGCAAGUCCUCCACUUUCUUGACGGGCGCGCAAGCUCAAAGUGAACGUUCAGUAGGAGCUUUCUUCUACUACUUCACACAUAUUCUUUGGUUCAUAUAUUAAGCCGCAUUCGUGCGCAUCUUUCAGGCAAAAUGGCUGCCAACAAGCAGGGCAAGAUGCAAAACCUCAUCAACUAUCGGAUGAGAGUUACCCUUAACGAUGGCCGACAGAUGACCGGACAAAUGCUCGCAUUUGAUAAGCACAUGAACCUCGUCCUCGCCGAUACAGAAGAAUUCCGCCGCGUCAAGCGGAAGUCCAAGCCAGCUCCUGGACCGGCUAACGCUCCCCUCGUGGAAUCGGAAGAGAAGCGAACCCUCGGUCUUACGAUUGUGCGCGGUACCCACGUCGUCUCUUGUUCUGUUGAUGGACCUCCUCCCGCAGACCCCUCUGCACGACUUGGAACAAGCGCCCCAGGCGCUGCUGCUGCCGCAGCCACUCUCGCCGCCGGUCCUGGAAUCAGCAAACCCGCUGGACGUGGUCUACCUGUCGGACUUGGAGGCCCUGCUGCCGGUGUUGGAGGACCCCCACCUCCUGGCGGCUUCCCUGGUUUCCCUCCUGGUGGUUUUCCAGGAGCGCCGCCACCGGGAUUCGCUGGCCGUGGAGCGCCUCCGGGAGGACCUCGUAAGUUUUAUUGGCGCUGAGAUAUGCUUUGUAAGUAGGCAGGUUACUGACUUUCACUUAGCUGGUUUCGCUCCUCCCCCAGGAUUUGCGCCUCAGGGCGGACCUCCGGCCGGUUUCCAACCCCCUCCA